AUGACAGAUAUUCAGCAGACUCGUCGCCAGGAAUUCUCGCCAGAUGGCGAGAAGGACGCUCACCCGUCGUCGUCGUUGUCGUCUCACGAAGCUCCCGUCCAGCCGGCUGCCAAAAAGUCUCGCUUGGGUGCCGUAGGACUUAUCUUCGCAUGUGGGGCCGCCCUCUUCUCCGACGGCUACGUCAAUGCGUCUAGUGGACCUGUCCUCACCGUGCUCUCGUACGCCUAUCCCGACUAUCCCGGCUUCACGGCGUUUAAAUCGCAAUUCUCUUCACUCGUCUUUGCCGGUACUGUCUUUGGUAUGCUCCUCUUCGGCUUCCUCGUCGAUCGUUUUGGCCGACGAUACGGCAUGUGGUUCGCCUCAAUCUGGCUCACGCUCUGGUCCGUGCUCAUCGCUGGAGCUUGGGGAGCUGGCGGCUCUGUCGGUGGCCUCUUUGCCGCCCUUUCUGCAUACCGCUUCAUCCUGGGUAUUGCCAUCGGUGCUGAGUAUCCCAGUGGAUCCGUUGCUGCCUCUGAGAACACCGAGGGCGAGGGAGUCAACAAGAACCGACAACAGAUGUACUUCAUUAUUGCCACCAAUACCAUGAUCGACCUCGGCUUUGUCGUUGCUGCCUUUGUCGCCUACAUUCUGCUGCUCAUCUUCGGCAUGAACCAUCUUGCCUGGGUUUGGCGUCUCACGCUGGGAAUCGGCGCAAUCCCACCGUUGCUCGUCUUUUUUUUCCGAACGGGUAUGCAAGAACCCGAGCAUUUCCGCAAGAACGCAAUCAAGAAGAAUGUUCCUUACUGGCUCAUUUUCAAACGGUACUGGGUUCGCCUUCUGGCGGUCUGCAUUGCUUGGUUCUGUUACGACUACGUCUCUUACCCUUCUGGCAUCUAUUCUUCCCUCCUCAUCAAGCAGCUCAAUCCCACUGAGGGCGCUUCGGACUACACCGUUCUGAAGCGAUCUCUGGCGUAUUCAACCGCUCUCAACUGCUUCUAUCUGCCCGGAACCAUCAUUGGCGCCCUCAUUGCCGACAGGCUCGGUCCCAAAAACACAAUGAUCCUCGGCCUCUUGUGUCAGGCGGUCCUUGCUUUUGCCAUGGGAGGCGCCUUUGGGCAGAUCAGGGAUCGCAUCGGUCCACUGGUCGUUGUGUAUGGCCUGUUUCUGUCAUUUGGCGAGCUAGGCCCGGGUAACCAACUUGGCCUUCUGGCUAGCAAAGCAUGUGGUCCUGCAGCUGUUAGGGGCCUAUACUAUAGCGUGGCAGCUGCCAUCGGCAAAGUCGGCGCAUUUUCGGGCUCGUAUGCCUAUCCCCAGAUUCAAGCUGAUCUUGGAUCGCCGGACAGCAACAUCUACUAUGCCGGAACCUUUUACAUUGCCGGAGGUCUUGCCAUUUUCUCGGCGAUCAUCACGUUCUUCUUUAUCCCUGCCAUCGGGCAAGACAGCAUGAAAAAGGACGACGAGGCUUUCCGUCAGUAUCUAGCAGACAACGGUUACGACAUUUCUCAGAUGGGAUUGCUCGAUGCCGAUCAGCUUGCUACUUCUGAAGAGGGCGUCAGGACUCGUUCCAUUACUGAUCAGGGCUCUGAGGACAAGAAAGAGAAGAGCGGCCAGGCCGUCGUCUCUUCAGCUCCCAUCAUCUAA